AUAUUGGAGCAGUGUUAUUUUUGAGUUGUCAGUAGUUCAACAGACAUGUAAAUAAAUGCGUAUUUAGAAAAAAAAAACAAAUUGGUGUUGCUGUGUUUCAUAAAAAAAAUGACAAGACGCAGUUUCACUUCUUCUACAACAAUUCAUCUUCUCUGUUUAGAUUAUGUCACCUGCCACUUAUCUGCUUUCUACAGACCACACUGUUCGUCCUCUUGCAGCCACACGGUCAGAGCUUGUGAAACAGGAACAGUCGGUCUGCGUUUUAACAUUUUCACAACAGCUUCAACACUGCUGGUGUCAGAAACCAGAAGAUCUGAGAGAAGAUGGAGCCUCAGGUGGAUUCCUCUCAGCAUGGGAACAGCAGUAAUGACUCAGAAUCUUGCCUUCGCGAGAGCCAGCAUGUGUCCAUCCCCUGCCUCAUGUGCCUGGUCUUCCUCCUCGGCUUCCUCCUCAACACCUUCAGCCUCUGGGUCUUCUGCUGUCGGAUGCCCAGCUGGACCGCUGGGACCACCUUGCAGUUCCACCUGGCCGUCAGCGAUGCCAUCGCCACCCCCGUCACUCCCAUGAUGGCGGUGUACAUUGCGAUGGGCAACCAUUGGCCCUUUGGUCACUUCCUGUGCCAGGUGAAGAUCGCCUUGCUGAGUUCUCACAUCUACGGCAGCACCGUGUUCCUCACUCUCAUCAGCCUCCAUCGAUAUGCAGCCGUGGUGCACUACAACAGAAGCUCCUGCAUCAAACAGAAGCAGUUUGUCAGGAAGCUGUGUGCAGGAGUGUGGUGUGCGCUUCUCAUCCAGUCGCUGAUCUACGCUUUCAUGCUUCCUCUGAGUAACAACAAUCAAUGCCUCUCCAUCCACCAGAAGAACCUGACAGACUCCUACUUUCUCAUCAACUUCAUCCUCCUCAUCUUUGGCUUUCUCCUCCCAUUCCUCGUGUCGGCUGUUUGCUACGGCCAACUGGCUAACACCUUAACUCGCCUCAACAUCAGCACAGCGAAAGGCCUGAGAGUGAAGGAGAAGUCUCAGAGGAUGAUCGGCAUGUGUCUGCUCAUAUUCGGGCUGUGCUUCCUGCCUCUGAACGUGAUGCGAACCAUCGCAGUGUUUCUAAAGAAAUACUUCCCACGACAUUGCUAUGUUCUCCUGAAGGUGGAGACAGCAUAUUAUGCAUCCUGGAUUUUGAUAGGAGUGAACAGCUGCCUGGAUCCACUGUUGUACUGUUUUGGCUCACAAAAGUUCCGUGAUGCAACCCGGUCUUUAAGGAUUGGCCAGCGAGACAGUCCCAACAGAAGUGAUUCAGAAAAUACUCAAAAUCAGUAACAUUUAAAUGAACAUUUAAGGGCUAGCUGUGCUGUGUAUCUCUUUUCCAUAACACCUUAUAUUAAAGUACCACUGCACUGCUUCUGGCUCCAGGCCUGUAUUUAUAAGAACGGCUUGAAAGUUUGCUUUCUUCUUGAGAAUUAAAAGCAAAGACCGAUAACA